UGCAAACACUGGCACUAUAGUGAAGUCACUCGGGUCAGUUUCUUGUGCUUUUCAUUUUGAUUUCUUUGCUCAUUAAUUUGUCGCAUAAGAGCGAAAGAAAUUAUGCAAUCGCACUUUGGCGGCCGGAUGCUUCCAAAUCCCUAAGUGUGUUCGGAAAUGUCGAUCGAAGGAGUGACACCAUUUCAAUCGUUCGUCAAUAAUCGACAACGCGACAACAAGUGAUUCGAUCUAUUUCAACACGUGCUACAGACAUCACGCACGUGGGUAUCUAUCCCCAGAUAAUUAAGCUAUGAAAUAAUCAAGCAUCAGCAUCUCGGUCGCUAUCCGGGGAUAGAACGCGGCCAGGGCCAGACACCAAAAAGGCCAAGGGCGAAAAAAAAAGCACAGAGGCACAAGCGUGCAGCCCACACCACACAAACUCUAUCAACCAAGACAGUCAGUUCCACCCCACCCAAUUACCCGCUCAGGACCAAUAAAAACUCUUCACUCAAAACUUCCAUUAACAAACAGAAAAACUAACAUCAAAUGAGCUGAUUCCCGCCAUUAGCCGUUGGCGUUCCCAACCCAGAAAAAAACAGCUCAUGUUGAUGCUCCAUUCGCGUAGUUCCUCCUACCAGGCGGCCUACUCGCGCAUUAACAGCCGUUAUAUCCUCCUCGGCCCGCCCUCCGGAUCUGUGAAAACCCUCGAUCUCCCACCUACUGCCGAUGCAGAGAGCUUGGAGAUUGGUGAUACUCACGGGGCCUCACGCCACACCAGGCCACAUCGCAAACCAUCACUACGAUUAAGGCAUCUGCGCCCGCACCUGCCUAGCACGGUAGGCGACGAUGGUUCCAUGAGCACCAGUCGUGUGCUUCUAGGUUCAUGCUCUCACGGACCCAUGGGCAGAUUGCCCAUCUCUUUGGCUGCUUCGGUAUUCCACCAGCAACAAAGCUAUAGGUACCAGCAAGUCAGGGGGGCCAAGACAAGGACGGCUGUGAAGCCCGAUGAUCUCCCAACUGUCAAAUGUGCCAAAUCCAGGAAAAGGGUUAAGCCAGAGGAGCCGUCGAAUUCCAAGUCUGCCAGUAGACGGACCACCAUCAAGCUUGAAGACUUGCCUCAGGGGCUAAUAAAGGACGCGGAGCCACUUCCGCUGCCUGAAGAUGAAGGCCCGACAUACCCUACCGUAAUCCAGCAGGCGCGUCGGAACAUGAACAGGUUCGACAACUGCGUUCUGCUGACCCGCGUUGGUGGUUUCUAUGAGCUCUACUUUGAACAUGCCCAGGAAAUAGGCCCGCAGCUGAACCUAAAAGUAGCCACGAAGAAGACUGCUGCGGGCAAUGUUGCUAUGGUACAUUUCUCUCAUAUAUAACUCCGAAGCUAAGUAAAGAAGGGGAUGAAUUUGCUUGUUAGUUGGAUGUUUCUGAUGUUUGGUGCAUGGAACCUAGGCCGGGUUUCCUUUUUUCCAGCUCGACCGGUUCCUCAAGGUCCUAGUCCAAGACCUUAACCGCUACGUAGCAAUCGCCGAGGAGUUCCCCAAUGAUGCUGGCGACAAGGUCAAGUCUGGGGGCCUCAUGCAUGACCGCCGUGUUGCCCGCGUCAUCACUCCCGGGACCUUGAUCGAUGAGAAUUUCAUGGAUCCCUAUUCGAACAAUUAUGUCAUGUCCAUCCACAUGCCAGAGCCGCCCAGAAUCUCCAUGCGUGAAGCCAAGGAUGUCUCGGCUGCCGCCGCUGCAGAAUCACUCGCUGUCCCUCAACCUUUGAUGGAAAACAUCGCCAACUCACCCCUUGGGCUCGCCUGGCUAGACCUAUCCACUGGCCACUUCAUCACCCAAUCAACAACCCUCGGCUCCCUUACUUCAGUCCUCUCCCGCGUUAGUCCUAAAGAGAUCGUUCUUGAUAGGACCAUCACACCUUAUGCAUCCGAAGAGCUCCUCACUCUACUGGCGGAAGAAAGACGGUUGUCGACGCAUGCCAAGCGCCCAGAGCAAUGGACGCCCGCCGAUUGGGCCCCAAUGCUCGAGUCUGAAAUGCCACCGCGCUCCAUGGAAAUGUUCACCACCGAGGAGGUCCAGGCCAGCAAUCUGCUGCUCCACUACGUCAAAGAUCGCCUGCAGAACAUAAAUAUCAAGCUCCAGCCGCCCCGCCGGCAUCAGUCCAUGGAGGUCAUGUCCAUCGACAAAAACAGCAUGCGCUCACUCGAGAUCAAAAGCACCGUCCGCGACGGCGCCCUUCGUGGCAGUCUGCUGCAUGCCGUCCGCCGCACAGUGACGAGGGGCGGGGCGAGGCUGCUCGACGAGUGGCUGAGCGCCCCCUCUACUUCGUUAGACGUCAUCACUGCACGACAGGAUCUUGUCUCGCGCUUCCGGCAGGACGAGACAUUGCGCGACAGCGUUGUGCUGCUUCUGAGAAGAUGCGCCGACUCGCAUCGUCUCGUCCAGAAAUUCGCCCUCGGCCGCGGUGAUCCCGAUGACCUCCUCGAUUUAUCUCGCACUAUUGCCGCUUCUAACGAAAUCGUUUCGCGUCUAAAAAGCGCCGUCGCGACGUCCACUGGACCAGGAAACUCAACCCCUGAAUCAGGCAGUGAGUGCCUAGCUAACUUGAUCGGUCGCAUCAACCUAUCCCAACCUCUCAAACUCGCCAAAAUGAUCCGCAACGCGAUCGACGAGGAAGGCCUGGUACAACGUCAUCAGCUUGAGGAGGAGGCGGCCGGCGAGAUGGUGGAGCUGGCGGAGCGGGUCGUCACGGCCACGGGCUCGACGGACCUCGCCAACGUGCUGCCCAAAUCAGCUCCCAGUCCCACAGCAGCUGCCAAGAAGCGCCGCGCCGUAGCGACGACAUCCAUCCGCGAAUAUUACAGCGCCGAUAACGAUGCCUGGAUCAUGAAGUCCGGCGCUAGCGACGUGCUGUCUACUCUUCACGCCGAACUUUCAGGCCUAUUGCAAGAGCGCACUGAGCUCCAAGAAUCCCUCCAAGAUCGCCUCCAAGCUUCGACUCUCACCCUCAAGUGGACCCCAAACCUCGGCCACAUCUGUCAUGUCAAGGGCAAGGAUGCCCGCGCGCCACUGGACGGCAUCAGAUCCCUGUCCUCCUCCCGCAGCACCCGCUCCUUCCACCACGACGAGUGGACCGACCUGGGCGCCCGCCUCGACAAGGCACGCGUCGCCAUCCGCGCCGAGGAGCAGCGCGUCUUCCACCUCCUCCGCCGCGCCGUCGUCAAGGCUCUCGUACCGCUGCGCCGCAACGCCGCCGUCCUCGACGAGCUCGACGUCGUCACCGGCAUGGCUUGUCUUGCGCACGAGCGGGGCUGGAUCCGCCCAGUAGUAAACCACGGGACCGCCCACGCCAUCAUCGGUGGCCGCCACCCGACCGUCGAGGCUGGACUCGCCGACCGCGGACGCUCCUUCACCGGCAAUGACUGCUUCGUCGGCUCGGCGGGCCAUGGCCGCGUCUGGCUCGUAACUGGCCCCAACAUGGCCGGCAAAUCAACCUUUUUGCGGCAAAACGCCCUCAUCACCGUCCUCGCCCAGGUCGGCUGCUUCGUGCCGGCCGACCACGCCGAGCUCGGCAUCGUCGAUGCCCUCUUCAGCCGUGUUGGGUCUGCCGACGAUCUUUACCGCGACCAGAGCACAUUUAUGGUCGAGAUGCUCGAGACGGCUCAGAUCCUCCGCAGCGCCACGCCUAGGAGCUUCGUCGUCAUGGACGAGAUUGGCCGCGGCACGACGCCCGAGGAUGGAACCGCCGUUGCGUUUGCUUGCGUCGAGCACCUGGUCAAAAUCAAUCGAUGCAGAGCCCUGUUUGCUACGCAUUUCCACGCCGUGACUGACCUCGCCGUUGCCAAGGGCAUAUAUGCGGCGGAGGGCAGCACGGACGGCGUCGAGAUGUAUUGCACCGACGUUGAGGAGGAUACGGGUGGUGGCUUCAUAUAUAUGCACAAGCUACGUAAGGGCGUCAACAGGCAGAGCCAUGCACUGAAGGUCGCGCGCCUUGCUGGUUUGCCCGAGGCCGCUAUCAACGUCGCCAAGGAUGUGUUGCAGAAUGGAUAUCAGGUGCCUACGAAUUAAUGGCUUGGGAACCAUUCGGCUGGUCAUAUAAAUGCAAGGAUCUGUAGAAUUAGACGUGUACAUCUAGACCUUACCCGUACAAAAUCUUCCAACUUCACGUGGCUGAAUCUUUGCGGUGUGCCAGGUCUUUACAGCUUACGGAUACAAGACAAAUCUUGUCCUUGCUUGGGACUGGGCAUAUGGCAUAUACGAAUCUGGAUAAACACUUUGAAGAUGUUAGCUUCAAGCCUCUUGAAGGAUAUAUAUUGGUGUAACUUGGAAUGUGAGGCAUGUCUCAUAGGGUGGUGAUGGGUUGUCAUCAAAUGAGUUUUCAGGGUUAAAAAGCUCUUGAUAGUUUUUUAUAAUCAUAGACACGAGAGGGGAAUUGUGCGAAAUGCGGCUGAAAAUAUAAUAAGUUGUGCUUACCUAUUGUGGUAGAUGGAACUUGGCUGAGGUACAGCACACCAUAGUUAUCAUCAUAUCACGUCACCAGAGACAGACGGCUGGCC